GUAAUGAAAAUUUGGGGGAAAAAAAGGGGGGAAAGGCAAACGAUGGUCUAAAACUAUGGGGAAUCACUGCCCCACCUGAAUAGAGAGUCACUGUACUAUUCAGUUAUUUAUUAUUAUUCCCUGGAGAGAAGAAAAGAAACUAACUCAAAGUUUCCUUUUUUUCAAUUCUCCUCCUUUCAUUUGCAGAACACAGAUUCUUGAUUAAUAAAGACAGAAAAGAAAGAAAAGAAAAGAAAAGAAAGAAAGACUCCACCUUUCUUAUGAACCACUCUGAUUUCCAUGGCAGAAGUGAAAGCUUUCUUCUUCUUCAUCUUCUUGGGGAUUUUGCUGACUGAUGCCCGACCAGAAAUGAACAGUUUCUUGGUUCAGAAGCACUUGAAGCGUUUGAACAAACCUUCUCUCACCUAUAUUCAGAGCCCAGAUGGAGACAUUAUUGACUGUGUUCAUAUGUCUCACCAACCAGCUUUUGAUCAUCCCUUUCUCAAGAAUCAUACUAUUCAGAUGAUGCCGAAUUACCAUCCAGAAAGUCUAUAUAUGGACAGCAAAGUUUUCAUGAAUCGAGCCAAGAAAAAGAAAGGGAUUGCUCAGCUCUGGCAUUUGAAUGGGAGAUGUCCGAAAGGAACCAUUCCCGUGAGAAGAACAAAGGAAGAAGACAUCUUGAGAGCAAGCUCUGUCAAGAACUAUGGGAAGAAGACGGUUAAAACCGUUCCCAAACCCAAAUCCGCGAAUCCCAACACGGACACUACAACCGGGCACGAGCAUGCGAUAGCUUAUGUUAGUGGAGGCACAUACUAUGGUGCGAAGGCCACGAUAAACGUUUGGCAACCAAACGUGGAGCAAAACCAUGAGUUCAGCUUGUCCCAAAUUUGGAUUUUGGGGGGAGAUUUCGAUUCAAAUCUCAAUAGCAUUGAAGCUGGUUGGCAGGUGAGCCCAUCCCUAUAUGGAGAUCACAACACAAGACUUUUCACUUAUUGGACAAGUGAUGCAUAUCAAGCCACAGGUUGCUACAAUCUUCUUUGCUCAGGCUUUAUUCAGAUAAACAGUGAAAUAGCAAUGGGGGCUUCUAUUUCCCCCCUCUCUAGCAAUGGAGGUUCCCAAUAUGAUAUCAGCAUUCUUGUCUGGAAGGAUCCAAAAGAUGGGAACUGGUGGAUGCAAUUUGGGAAGGACAAUGUGGUAGGGUACUGGCCAGGGAUCCUGUUCUCAAACCUCCACGGCGGUGCAUCUGUGGUGGAGUGGGGUGGAGAGGUGGUGAACGAAGAGUCGGGCGGGAUGCACACCACCACUCAAAUGGGCAGCGGCGGUUUCCCCGGCGAAGGGUUCCGGAAGGCCAGUUACGUCAGAAACAUUAAGGUGGUCGACGAGUCAAACGGCUUGAGGGACCCAGAUGGUCUUGACACUUUCACUGAGAACUCCAAUUGCUAUGAUGUGAAGCUGGGUAGGAAUGCUAGAUGGGGGAACUAUUUUUACUAUGGAGGACCUGGUAGAAACUCUAGAUGUCCAUGACCAGCUCCCUUUUGUUUAUGUCUUGUUUAUGUAAUGGUUUAGAGUAUCAAUAUAUGUGAAAUAAGCAUCUGUUACAUAUAGUAUUCAAGAAAGCUGCACCUGAUUC